AUGGAUAAUAAUGGAGUGGCUAAAACUUUGAAAAAAGAUAUUUCAUAUUUUGAUGAAACGAAAGAGUAUUCAAAAAAAAGGUUUGAUAAGUUUAAUGAUAUAAAUGAAAUUAUUAUUAAACAUAAGAAGAAUCAACCUCAUAUAAAAGAAGACAAUUUAAAAUAUAUAACAAAAAAUGUGAACUAUGAUAGACUCUCGGUUGUUGAAAAGAAGAAAAACAAUGACAUUAGUAAUAUAGAUAAGUAUGAGAAAACAAAGACAUGUUCAUACGUUUUAAAUAAUUUGUAUAAAAAAUCUAAUCAUCAUAGUAAUAAAAUGUAUGAUGAGUAUAAAUUUUAUGAUUAUUACGAAUUGAUUAACAAAAUAAAGAAAUUGAAAGGUUCUAAAAAUGUCAAAGAGGAAGGAGGAAAAGGAAAUGAUAAUAGAAUAAGUGCCAGUGCUACAAGUAAUGAUAAAAAAAUACAUAACAAAAAAAGACAUAAUAAUAAUGAUAUUAAUAAUAAUAAUGAUAUUAAUAAUAAUAAUGAUAUUAAUAAUAAUAAUAAUAUUAAUAAUAAUAAUAUUAAUAUUAAUAAUAUUAAUAAAUAUAAUAAUUGUUGUAGUUGUUGUAAUCGUAAUAUUUUUUCUUCUUCAAAAACUUUUAAUGUUUGUGAAGGAGAUAAGAAAAUUUCAUAUGGAAGGCAAAUAACGAAUUUGGUUAGUUGCUAUAAAUAUAAUAAUCAAAUAAAAAGUACUUUUAAUUUUCACUCGAUAAAUCAAAAUGUUGAUGAUGAUAAUAUAUAUGUAGACAAUCAACAUAUGUUAUAUGAUCAUUAUACUGAUAAUUUAAAAUAUAGUAAUUAUAAUGAAAAAAAUGAUUUGUCUUAUAAUCCACAUGAAAAAAAAAAUAGUUUUUCCAGUUUUAUAAAUCCUGCUCCACAUGACAGUCAUCUGGAAUUGUGUAAAAAAUUGAAGAAAAAUGUAGAAUGUAAAGAAAGGGUUGACAUAAAUAAAGAGAAGGAUUUUAUUUUGCUUGGUAUAUCCAAAACAUGUGUAAAAAAAUGUAAUACAUGUUCAGGUGAUAAUAUGACAAAAGAUAUAGACAAGGAUAUUGAAGAUGAAGAAAAAAACAAAGACAGUGUAACAAUAAAAAAUGAUAUGAAAAAUUAUAUAUGUUAUAAUAAUUUGAAUAGAAACAAUAGUAAUAUUAAUAAGAAGGAAAAACAAAAAGAAUGUGAUGAAUAUAAUUAUAAUGAUGUUCAUGUUUUUUAUGAUAAGGAUCAUUUUUCUCACAGUGAAACUUCUCAUACAGCCAGAAACUCAAACACUAAAUUAUAUAAUAUAAAGCAAAAACAUAUAAAUAUAAAUAAUAUAAAUAAUAUGCACAAUAAUGUAUAUCUUAUGGAGGGAAAAGAAAAAUUAUAUUUCCCUUCUAUAAAAGAGGAAACCCCAUUUUUUAUACAAAAAAAUUAUAAACAUGAUGAUAAUAUUAAAAUGUCAUCAUAUAACUAUUAUAAUGAUAUGGCAUAUAAAAAUGUUAAAGGUAUGAUGACACACUCUUUAUCUGUGCAACAAGAUAUUAAGGAAGAGAAAAAUGUAUUAAAUAUAAAAAAGCUGCAUAGAUGUUUUACUAUAAUGAAUAAAAAAGUAUAUAGUGAUUCUGUUUUAUGUUUUUAUGGAAAAACACCAUGGUGUAUUAAUAAAAUUAGAAGGGCCGAAAAAAUAGGCCAAGAAAAAAAAAAACACACAAAAAAGGAAAAUAAAAGUAAAAGUAAAAAUAAAAAUAAAAGCAAAAAUAAAGAUAAAGAUAAGAAUAACAUGCACGAUAUAGUAUUCAAAUAUGCUGGUGAGCAUAUAGACAAUUCUUACUGUAAAAAUAAAGAGACAUCAAAAAUAGGAAAUCAUAAAAUGAUGAAGAAGGAAAAAUACUUGAAUUCUUCAUCUUUAUCAAUAUAUGACAAAUGUUAUAAUAAAUGGAAAAAAAAUAAUAAAAAAAGAAGAAAACAUAAAAAUGAAGGUAGGAGAGAAGAAAAAUAUAUUUGCUGUUAUGAGAAUAUUAAAAUAUUAGAAGAUGUAAAAGAAAGGUUUUUUAAGAGUCAUAAGCUUAGUAUAUUAAAUGAAGAGAAUUUUAUUAAAGAGCAUCAAAUUAAUUGUAUGAAUAAGGAACAUAUUGAUGAAAAAAAAGAAGAAGAUAUUUAUAACAUAAGUAAAGAGAACACGAAAAAAGAAAGUUACAUUAUAAUACAUAAAGAUCAAAAGAAUGUGGAAAAUACUACAAUAGGAAGAUAUAACAAUAUGAAUGAUAAAAAACAAUUUAGUGAUAAUAGCAUUUUAUAUGAUUGUCUUAAAAAAAAUAAUAAAAUAAAUAAAUCACAAGACAGUUGUUUUUUUGAAUUUAUCAAAGAAGAAGGAGAUGAAAAACCUAACGUUCUUAAAAAGGACGAUGAAUUUAUUAAAACAUUUAGAACAAAUAAAAGUCUAACCGAAUUAACAAAAAAAAUUUCGGAUUCUAAUUUUAAUUCGUUAUAUACUAGUUUAGAUAGAAUCAAUAAAAACGUUUCUAUAUAUAAUGAAAAAUUAGAAAGAACAAAGCAGGUACCACAUAAAAAAAAAAAUGAUAACAUAGAUAUUAACGGUAUGUACAAAUCCAAUAAUUUUUUUAAAAGCAUCAAUGUGAUGAGUAGAUUAUCAAAGUGUUAUCAUAUCCAAACAUGUGACCACUCUAAUUAUGGUUUUAUGAAAAAUAAAAUGAGUAAAAAGGCUCAUAACAAGUUGGUUUCUAAGUAUAUAAAUAAAUAUAAAAAAGAAGUGAUUAAAAAGAAGGAAAGAAAGAAAAAAAAAAAAAAAAAAAAAAAUAUAAAAAAUGAAAUAUUAAUAUCGUUUGAUGGAAAUAUAUUUGGAGAGGAAAAUAUGAAUGAAACAAAAGAGGAGAAUAAAAAUAAAGAAAGUGCAUAUAUCUGGAAGAAUAGAAUAGAUAGCAAAAUAAAAGGAGAAGAACAGAAAAAAAAAAAAAAAAAAAAUUGUUCCUACAAAUUGAGAAAAAUGAAACCUUUAUGUGUUGAGAAUAAGAUGCACAUAAGAAAAAAUGUACGACAAAUAAUAAAAAAAAAUAAAAAUGAAAAUGAAAAUAAAAAUAAAAAUAAAAAUAAAAAUAAAAAUAUAUAUAAGACAACAAAAUUUUUGGACAAUUAUAAGACUUUGAUAGAUCAGUUGAAUUUAAAAGGUAAUGAAGAGAAUAUAUCAAGUAACCAUGUUAAUAAAAAAAAAAAAAUAAUAAUGAACAACUAUAAUGAUAAUGAUAAUAAUAAUAAUAAUAAUAAUAAAAAUGAUAAUUAUAAUGAUAAUAAUCAAAGGGAACAUAGUUGUGAGGAAAUAAAAAUUAAGGACGUGGAACAGAAAUAUGAAGGAGAAAUAUAUGGAGGAGAAAGAAAAAACAAAUAUAUAUAUUAUAAUAAUUACUAUCAAAUAAAUGCAAAAAAUGAGAUACAUGAUGAUAAUAAUAUAAACGAUAAUAAAAAUAAUAAUUGUGAGAAAGGAGAUAAAAGGUGUGAAUUAAAAAAAUAUUCAAUUCGUUAUGUAAAGGAAAAAUAUAAUUUAGAAAAUAAUACAUAUGAUAUAAUAGGAUUAAUAUAUUAUGGUGACAAGUCUCAAGUAUAUAAAUGUAUAAAUAUGAAUAAUAAAAGAGUAUAUGCUAUGAAAGUAGUAUUAAAAGAGUGUAAUGAAAUGUUUAUAGAUAAUUUUAUAAAAAAAUAUUUAUUUUUAAAAAAUAAUCCUCACAAAAAUAUUAUAUCUAUAUAUGAUAUAUUUUGUAAUAACAAUUAUAUUUGUAUAAUAAUGGAUUAUUGUGAAGGGUCUACAUUGUUGGAUUAUUUUAUGUCGUUAGUACCUGGUUCUUUGAAUGUAUAUGAAAUAAAAAAAAUAAUGAAAAACAUCUUUAUAGCUUUAGAUUUCUUUCAUUCAAAUAAUAUUAUUCAUAGAGAUAUUAAAUUAGAAAAUAUUAUGUUUAAAAAUAAAAAAAGGAAAGAACGUUUUAAUUAUGAAGACUAUGGUAGUUUUUUGUUUGAUAAUCAUGAUGAGACUUCCUUCUCAACAUCUUAUAGGAGCCUUCAUAAGAAUGAAAUUGAAUUGAUCGAAAUGGAUACUCUUGGAAAUAAAAAUAAGCGAGGAAAGAAGUAUAUAAAAAAUAUAUACAAUGAGAAACAUGAAGAUCUAAAUAUUUUGCAGAAAAAUUGUUCACACAUAUUAGAAAAAAAUAAAAACAAUAUAAUGAAUGAUAUUCAAUUGAAGGGACCAAAUUGUUAUAUAAAAUAUGAUAAUAAUAUGGAUACAUUAUUUAAUUAUGACGAUGAUAGUAACUGGUCAUAUAAUUCAUCUAUAUGUUAUGAUAUUAUACAAGUAAGUGACGAAGAAGAAUAUGAUAAUAUAAAUAUAAAACAUAAAAUAUAUAAAAACAAUAUAUGUUCUGAUGAUUCAUUAAGAUAUGAUGGAAUUUUAAAUUAUGAAAAUUCAUUACAGUCUAAUAAUUCAUAUAAUAACAAUUCAAAAUAUGAAACAUUUUGUAACGAGCCAUUUCCUUCCCAGCUUUGUUCCAUUCAUAAUUAUAAUAAAAGAAGUGGAUGUUAUAAUUUUAGUAAAUUAUAUAAUAAUAAAAAAAAUAUUAAAAAUGAAUAUAUAAAUAAUAAAUCAUUAGAUUAUAUAAAACCUCAUGGAACGAAAGAACAUAUAAAAAAAGAAAUGAAAUAUAGUAAAAAUAUCGAAAAAAGAAAAAAAACUGAAAUAAGAGAAAAAAAUAUAAUACAAAGUAAUAUGAAUCCAUCAUAUAGUGAUUUAUGUAUUAUAGAUAUGGAUAUGAUAGAAAUUGUUUCAAACACAAAAUGUAAUGGAAUGAACAAAUCAAAAAUUAUAUGUGGAACUCCAUCAUAUAUGCCACCAGAAUCAUUUGACGGUAUUGUUUCACCUGCUAAUGACAUAUGGGCAUGUGGUGUUAUUUUAUAUGCAUUAAUGGAUGGACGUUUUCCAUUUGAAAUUAAUAAUUAUAUGCCUAUUUAUUUAAAGAAAAAAAUAUUAAUGGAAAACAAACCAAAAUUUGAAUCAUUCAUAUGGAAAAAACAUCUCGAUCUUUUAGAUCUAUGUCUAAGGUUAUUGGAUCCUAACCCUUGGACGAGAAUACAAAAUGCUCGAGAAGCCUUAAUACAUUAUUCAUUUAGAAAUUUGAUAUAA